CAUUUACCGAUGCGUAUUUUAAACAUCUGUAUGUGAUGUUGAUCAUUUUCAAGACAUAGUAAUGGCCACCGUACUGGUAUAUAAGUGAAGCGCCCGUUCCACUUAACCAAAAUAGUAUUUUCUGGCAUGACAAAAAUUAACAACUUCUCCGAUUUUCAUUUACGGAAAUCAGCCAAAAUCGAAUGUCAUCGAGCGGUUAACAUUCUGGAAAAAUGCGAGAUAUUGUCCAAGAUGUCAGGUACUCGAAUUAUGUCUGAGAUAUUAAACAUUUGCAAAAAAGUUAUUCAGAAACAAAAUUCGCUUCCCUGACUUUGUUUUUUUUUCUUCACCUAUUUUGAUAAUGUAAAAUAGUUUUUUUGUGGCAAAGCGAAAUGUCCAACUACUCCCAAUCAUUGUCUCUUAUGAAAACUUCAACAAAAGCCAAAAAACGGAUUUAAAUGUUCGCGCGUGCCAACCUCGAAGUGGACCCUAAUCGCUUCAUCCCGACUUACUCUUGUUUACGCUAUCACACAGCCACCAGUCGUGACUCGGUGGUGACGACGACGACGACGAAACUUUUACUCACUCUUUCUUCUUGCAACAGCCUCUCCCAAUGCCCUGUUUGUUCAUUUAAUGAAAACAAACUGUUCUGUGCUCGCAGACGAUACGCGCCGUGCAGCAGCAGGCGCCGCAGCUGGUCGCACCAUUCGCUCGCUGGCUGCUGUUCACUCAGUGUUGUUUGUUGAAACAGUAACGAACGACGUCGAUAUACUAUUCCUACUGCGGCGGCGGCAGCAGCAGCAGCACCAUUACGGGCGUCGAUGUAAAAGGGCUCUGAGACAAGUGGCAGGCACAGCAAAAGGGCGCAAGAACAGGCAGCUUCCACGGCAGCGAAGCACCACAACGGGUGCACUUAGGCCGUGCUGUGCAAUCGGCGUGCGGCGGUCUUCCGAGCAGUAGUGGCACUAGCGUACUCGGUACUCGCAGUGUAGCGAGGCUGUACUCAUCAACCGUUAUAUCAUCGGUCGUCUCGUGACCGCAUCCGGCUUCCCAGCUUCGACGCUAAUAAACUUUCGAGUAAACCGCGAGAUACCAAGCGACGCAGACGCAGCAAGUCAGCGAUUGUUUCCGCGCCCAAUGGAGGUUCAGUAUCGUGAAGCGGGCCCUUCUAUUAGGCUCCCGCCAACGUCCCCUUCACAUUUGUAACGAUAGGCAACACAACAGCCGUUUGCCAGUCAGUCAGUCAGUCAGUCAGUCAAUCAGUCAGCCAGCCAGCCAGCCAGCCACCAAACCAGCACUCUGGCGUCACUAGUUGAACGCAAUAGCAGGCCGAGUCAAGUCAGAAAAAAAAACAACAAUCUCGAUACAAUUAAUUUCUAUUGUUAUUUGGCCUAGUCGACAGUUCCACUAGGCAGUUAGGCAGACAGUUUUGUCAGACUAAACACCGCCGAACAGACGGAAUAAAAACGAAAAUCUUAUUAGUCGUCCAUCAGCUGGUGAAUCCGUCGUUCUUCAGUCUGAGAAUUUGUAUGGUUCGUGUCGUAUCGCCAGCCACAGCGUCAGCCCUAGCAGUAUUACUGCAAGUUAUAGCAAAAAAAGCAACGGUGUUAUCAGCGGGAUUUUUGCUUCCAGUUCCCCAGCAGCCUCUGUGCCAGCAGUAUCACUCGCCAGCGCUAAUUUUUUUGCCAAUUUGCAAUAUCACAUUUUUGUUUUUCUGUCUGCGGCGCGUCGUGGGGUAACUGGCGUUCGACGCAGUCGACUGAAAUAACCGCCUCGGUAUGUGUUAUGGUUAAUCGGCAAACAGGCCGUGGCAGUUUGUGGCCGUCGCACGAUGAUCGCAGACAUACAGAAAGCGGACUGAGAUAUAGUCGUAUUGAUGAUACGAUACAUGACUCACUUAUCUAUCAUUUCGUUGAGUCUAAGUAGAUGUUACGACUACCCAUUGCUAGAUAUAUUAUUGUGUCGUGUUUCGUUAUUUCGUUAGGAGUCGCAGUUGAUCAAGAUUAGCCUUCGUGGUCCCGCCUGUGGUGCAUCAGCAGCAAUUAAUCGGCCGUGCUGUUCUUAUCAUAUUGCCGAAAUAAAAAGUCAACUAUCCACAAAACGAGUAAGGAAUUACAGUAGGUCGUCUGAUCAGACUGAAACAACAGUUCUAUUGGUGAAGCUACUAUUGAAGUCCACCGGCAUCGAUGCUAGCCGCACGGCAAGCACAAAUGAAACGGUACGGCAGCAACAGCGGUCAACGACAGCACCAGUAAAGUAUCACCGGUCGGCAAAAUAAAAUUCUGUCAUCACUCUAAUAGCAACGAGUUUAUAGAAAACAGCUGGGCCAUUUUUCCUGGCAACACCGGUUCGAUUCGCCAUCAGCGUUAAGUCAUAUGUGUUCGAUGAGUAGGGAUACAAAGGGCGCACAGCUUUCCCGUGAAUCGUUUUGCUUUGUUUUUAUCGUAGUAACCCAACAGGAAAAUUACUCCCUCCCCUAGCGACACGUUACGUUCUACGCGCUACACAUCUGCCUCGAAAACCUUAACGGCAACGACGCGACUCGUCGACCGUGUCACCCCCGUGUUCGGCGGGGUCACAGUGCAACGAUCAGUGGAAGACCUGCGCGGUUUUCCGUUGCGGUGUUUGUGCUCGAUAGAUACCUCUUUGUGUGCACAGGCCAGUAAGUGAGGUGCGAGUUAACGUGUUCAGUAAUCGUCCAAACAAGAAAGGACUCACGUUCAUACACGAGCACGAUGAAGGAAAAGCCCAAUUCCACUAGGACCUACGACAAGGAUGGAUUCCGACGUCGAGCGGCCUGUCUGUGUGUACGGGACGGCUUUGAAACUGAGAUUCUCCUGGUGUCAUCGUCAUCAACGCCAGAUCGGUUUAUCGUUCCUGGAGGUGGACUCGAACCGGAUGAGGAUGCUGAGACCGCAGCCAUCCGCGAGGUGAUGGAGGAGGCUGGUGUGAAAGGGAAGAUCGACAGGUGCCUUGGCAUUUUUGAGAACGUCGAACGACGGCAUCGAACACAAGUGUUCGUUUUGCAGGUCCGCGAGCUACUAGAAGAAUGGGACGAUUCCAAAAGUAUCGGCCGAAAACGAAAGUGGUUUACGGUAGCAGACGCUCUUGAGGAGUUAGCGGUAUCCAAACCUGUACAAUGUAACUACGUUCAGUUACUUGCGAACAAAACCGAUUCAGCCUGUUGCUUACCGGUGGCACCCGAAAGUGGCGAAGGAGCAACUCUCAGCUUAAGGAGCAGCAGUGGCUCUGGCGCCAACGCGAGUUGUGGCUGCACGAGCGGUCAAACGAGUAAUAACAACACGUCUACGAAUGUCCUGGACGACCUUGCAGCUGAGUCGACCACAACGUAGAGACUCUCCAUAAUAAAGAAUAAUAUUAUAUAUAUAUACAUAUAUGUAUAUAUAUAUAUAUAUAUAUGUAUAUAUAUAUAUAUAUAUACAUAUAUAUACACAUAUAUAUAGAAACGAAAUUAUGGGUCCGUAUAACGUAUUUCGCAUCACCGAUGAUAACCUUUCGGUGUUGAGGGCUGUCCAUGAGUAGGAUGGACAUGGUUUUGCACCCGGACCGAUGGACGAAGAACCUCUUGCUGCACACGUAGAUUAAGCAUCAAGCAAAAACCAAUCAGUUUUCAUUAGAGUCGUCGCUAUUGAAUCUUCCAGUUGCAGCGUUUUGAUAGAUUAUUGUUACUGCGUUUCGUCAGUUGUGGUAUUCACGUACGGCACGCGAGUUCAUUGUCGUUAAAAAAGGAGAUGAAAAGGAAACAGAUGUCAGUACAUAUAUAUGAUAAUAGGGUGUAUUGCAAGUGCCGAAUCGGGUCAAAAUAAGCUUAAUGAUUUAAUUUCUAACCCGAUCGCAUCGGGCCUCUUUAGAGCCAGGAAGUUCUCAUGCGUCGACAAUUUUAUACUGUAACAGCGAUGACAGUGCCAUUGUGUCAACGUAUUCCGCUCGUUCCUUGCUUAUUGUCUUAAUCGUUUUAUCAAUUAUCUAUCGCUAGGAGAGGCUUGCUUCCUGUGAGUUAUAUAUGUUACGUUUCGAACAAAAAAUGCCUUUAUGGUACGGGGAGAUAAAUGGAUAUAAUUGCGGUGCAACACGGAGAUAAACAGAUGUGGUUUUUCAAGGUUUUAGUUAGAUCGAUCUAAUCUUAGGCCGAAUUUCUAAUAAACCUCAGAUGUUUAAACGGUGUCGAUCAAUAGAACAAGGAAUCGCAUGGGUGAUAUUAUUCCUAUGACGUUGAUGACAUGAUUGGUAAAUAUCACUAUUGUUGAUUAUACACUUAUUAUCUUUGUGAUGUUUCUACAAAACAGCGUUGAUUUCAAAUAUAAUUUGUUUUGUGCGAGAUUAUUACUCUAAAGUGUGACUAAGCCAAUGUGCUCGGUCAAUUUCGCUGAGAAAAGCCAUUUUAGCAAGUCGUUCUUUAACCGUUGCACUAAAGAUACGUUUCAAUUAAAUACGAGCUAAUAUAAAACUAUACGCGAACGACUCGAAUGUUAAGAUCUGUUGGAGGUGGGUAUCUGUUAUGCCGUUUGCAUAUAUCUACACGAAGCCAGUCAACAGAGGCGGCACCUGUUACAGGGGCCAUAAGUGCCACGAAAGAAACAGUCCACUGGAAAGUAAGCCUGAAAAGUACGUCUAGAUUGUUUGUUUGUCAGAACCUUCGAAACGACAAGCAGUCACGGGCGAAAACUAACUAUGACAACACAGCAACAACCUAUGCAGCCGUGGAACAAUCUAAAGAGGUUAAUGACAAAUCCGUCAAUUAAGCUGAAACAAAACAGAAAAAGCAAUGGUCUCCUGUGAACCAGUGCUUUCGUAUGAGGUGCAUGGACGACAAAUCCAGAAGUGAGUACGAAAAUAGUAAGUCCACAAGGGACAGGGAAACAAACCUCUGCGGGGAAAAACGACUAAUAAAAAUAUAAAUAAGUGGAAAAGAGAAAUAAAACAGAAAAAAUAGAUAUCUAAUUCUAAUUUUUUUUAUUUGCCGUAAAACAGUUAUUACGUGAUACGAAAACGCGAGUGAUUUCCUAGUGCGCUCAGGGCUUUGUGUGCGCGAUUGUGACCCUAGUAGAAAGUAACGAACGAAAACAGUGUUAUAGCAGAGACUGUGCGAUGUGACACGAAACGUUGUGUGACUCAGCAAAGGGGAACCGUGCUGGUCCCUAUUGAGUGAUGUAGAAGUAACCGAUAAUUUACAUAUGAGUCUAGGAGAUCGCCAUCAGUGCGAGUUAGAAGUAGGUAUUAUCAAAUGUAUGAUGACAAACCACGCCGUUGGUUAUCCUAAACAAAAAGAAAAGGGGGCAGAAUAGAACGGUACUGAAAGGAACGUACACAUACGCUAGGAUCCAAGGAGCAGCAUCUAGAAGGCUUCCCCGAACGGUUCUAAGGGCGAAACGUAAUUUGCUAGUCAAAGGGAACUAUUGGUGUAAAAAAAUCGCAUAGAGCGGCAAAUUAUACAGAGCAAUUUCAACGCGAAGCUAUAAAAAAAAGUUAUUAUUCAGGUUUUCUGUUCCUCAACAACUGAAUGAAAUACACAAGCCAAUAAAAAAAAUGCAGCUGUAAUAUAUAUAGCCCAUGAUGUUCUUUCAUCCACCUAACCUGUAAUGCUUCCGUUCUUGGCGGCUAUGCACGCCAGUGGACAGACCGAUCGGUUUUAUUACAAACGCGAUUGGAGAGAUGCACUGGCGGAGACUGGCUAAACGUGAAAAGGUUAGGAUGUCUGAUCUGGGUAAAAUGGAGCGCUAUACAUUAAGAGGAAGACAAAAGAUCGUGGAAAAUUCACAUUUUUCGCACGACGGUCGUCACAUAAUAAUAUACAGGCGGUACAGUCAGAAGCAUAAUUAUAUUAUAUAAUAAGGAGUGGACACUACGACGGGGUAGGAGAAUGGGGCUUUGGUGGAAGUUAAUCUAACAUUGGACUCUAUCUAUAGAGUCCGGUGUCUAAUUUGUUUCUGAUAGCGAGCGAACGCUGUUGUAAGCACGAUCAAUCUGAAAUAGAAUUCUCAACGUGGAAAAAUGGCAUUGGCAUAUCCGAUCAAUCGAAGGAAGACAUAAUACAAAAAAAGGCGAUAUAUAUAUUAUGUAGCACAGUGUCGUAAUAUGAUGAUGUAUCAGCGAAAAUCAUUACAAUAGGAAAAGGAAAGAGAUCCGUGCUGCUAAGUGUCAAUUCGAUUACCAGUUCCAGCAGAGAUUUUUCUAUGAUUUCCAGAAGCCGAAACGAAGCUGUGUUUAUUUUAUUAUUGUACUUAAUGUCGUUUUGUGAUUGAUCUAUAAAGAAUAAAGGAUAUCACAAUAGUUUGGGAUAAUUAUUAGUAGUUCUGAUUCCAUACUGAAAAACAUUUGCCAGAUCGUUUUGAUUUAAUCGAUAAGUUGUCCUUAUAACGAUAAGCACGGCACCGCACGCUAAGAACUUGGAGCUCCCAUAAAUGUGAGGCAAAAGCCAAAUUGGUGCGCACGCAUUAUAUAUGUAAACAUUGGGAGACACUGAAUAAAUUAAGAAAAAGACAUAGGUCAAGCGAAAUAUAAGAUUAGAGAGCCAUUCUAUGGAAGUUGAAACGAGUGUGGAUGAAGAGAUAUUUUGGACAGAAACAUAUAAAUAAGGAGAUCAUUUAGAAGCAAAAGCUGCGACGAUUCAUGUAAUUAAAUAGGCUCGUCGCACAAAAUGAAAUGUGGAAGCUGAAAAAUUCUCAUGUCGAUGG